AUGCCGAAAGUCAAUCAUAAUAAUUUUAUCAAACAUCGAUUAUCCAAUAUCGAUGUCAAUGAUGUAUCUUUAUUAGAAACUAAACAAAUACCAAUAAAAGUCUUAACAAUCAAUGGCAAAUGUUCACAUAUAUUUAAAUCAGCAUUAGAAGAUUGUAUUGAAGAUUGUAUUUUAGAAUUUCCAGAUGAUCAAGAUUCAAUUUUUGUAUCAAAAUCUAGAGAAACAAUACAAAUUCCUAAUGAAAAUAAUCGAAAUUCAAUUAAUACAAGAUCAUCUCAUCAAUAUAAUGCUCAAACACAAAUCGGUAGUGGACGUACUAGUACAACGAAUAAUCUUGUAUUACCUUCUGUGAAUCUCGCAACAACAACAACAUCUGCACGUAUACGUCAUCAACUUGUUAAUAAUAUUUCCGAGAGAAAAUCUUCUACAACACCUAAAAAAUUUCAAUCUGAACGUCCUUCUAUAUUACCUAAUGAAUUAAUUUCUUCGAAGUCUAUACCAGAGAUGACAUCAGCUUCAUUACCUUUAUUUCCAUCAAAUAAAAAAAAUAAAUCUUGUCGUGAUCGUCAAAAAAAUUAUCGUCUUUCUGAUUUAGUUAUGCUUGGACCAGAAUAUUUUGCUGAUGUAUUUCAUCUUUCACAUCAUCCAUAUCGAACUACGACAAAAACUGAACUUGAUCGAAUUAAACAAGAUCUUUUUCAUCGAUAUUUAUGGACACAAAAACCUCAAGUAUCAUGUCGUAUUCGUCCUUUAUCAAUUUAUACACGUACUCGAACACUUAUUAUCUAA